UUAAAGGAAAUAAAACAGAAACCUAAAUUGCUACUUGCUGCUACCCACCGUGUUGUUCCCUCUUCCGUCUCCGACGAUUUCUUAGCAUCUCCGGCGAAUCGUCUUCUACUUCUUCUCCGGAGAAUCAAAAUCCAGAUUUCUCUUACUUGCAUCAGAGCUAAAGAUUCUUGAGUUGGAAAUCAAAAGAUGCCUCACAGAACAAGGCCAUUGAAGGGACUCUUACUUUUCACUGGAAUUAACUUUCUCUUGGUGCAGACCAUUACCCCUGUCUAUGAUUUUGUCUGCUUCUUGCCUUACUGGGAGAGAAGGAGAGAGAGAAUCCGGCAGGAGCGUGAAGCAGCAGCUGCAUCCUUAAACAGCACAAACUCAACACAGAAAGCAACUCAAGCAUCUGUUGGAUGAUGAGCUCUCUACAUCUUCUCAAUCUUUUAAUCAGAAGCAUUCCUCUUUGUAAGAAACUAUUUACCCUCUGAUUACUGAAUAACUGAGAAGACAGAAGAAGGCAUAUUCACAUCUCUUCCCUGAGCUAAAUCUAUUGGUAACAAAUCUUGAAAGUU